UCUCAACUGAAGCUCAAAAUUUCAACAUUUACAUCACCAACGACUUGACGGCCGUUGCAUCACCACAUCACAAGCCGCGGUCUCAAUUCUGCGCGCUCUACCGAAAUGAACACGGUGUUCUCUUCUAUUACGCGCCUCGCGCGCCCAGUCCUGGCCAAGACCCUCGCUCAAUCGCCCAGGACGUUCACAACCCUCGUCCCUCUCCGACCCUCGCUCACUCCCAUGACCGGUGCUAUACGAAGAACCGCUCUCCCCUCAAGCUUCACCCCCUCGACAGCCGCAUCAGCCGAUAUUGUUCCUUCGGGCGCCAUCUCAGCACACCCUGCCCUGGGCGAUAUGCAGAUUCGUUGCGGACCACGAAAUACCAUGAACGGACAUACGAGACUGGUUCAGAAGCGCAGACAUGGAUUUCUAUGCCGUAAGCGCAGUAAGACAGGGAGGAAGAUUCUCCUCAGGAGGAAGAUCAAGGGCCGAAGGCAUAUCGCUCAGUAAGCCUGUGAAUGUGGCCUGAGGAGGUUGGAGGGCAUGUGUCAAUGAAGCAUGAGCGAAUUGUGUACGAUACCAGAGAAGAGAGCAGAGACUUGGGUGCAGAUGCCUUAGUCUCUCUCGUGAUACAAAUCUGUACAAAGACCUAACAAAAGAAACAAACGAUCUUGCAUUCUCACAUCUCGGCGGGGUGCCGAACUUGCAUAUUGCAGCUGAAGUCUAAACAAGGGGGAACAAUAUCACGCACUUUUACGAAGGACCAGUUCCAGAACAUUUUCGGAAUUUGACAAAGGCUCACAGCCUGGUGAUGACGCUGGUCGACGUCGGUGUUGCAGCAAGGCCAGCAAUGCAGAAAGCUCCGAACUAUCGCACCUGACUUCGGAGAAGAGCUCGAAUUAGAAAGAUGGGAUUCAGUUCCGAUAGACAGAUGCAGUUCCUAAUUCGGAUUCACCGGAGCUACCAUUAGUCAACACCAUCACGAUGUGCGGAUAGUUCGAAACCCCGCAUUCUCAACUGAGAAUCACAGGCCUCGUUUCAGGCACAAAGCGCUUUGACUUGGGACUUGUUCCUCGGCUUGGAUUUUCUAGUGUGGUGGCCUGCAUGUUCUUGGGUGCGCCGAUCAUCAGGUACGCAGUAAGCGGAGAAGCAGGCUGUGAAUUGGAGAUGUCUAUCACUGAGAUUUGUGAGGUACCGCGUUGAAAGAAUCGAUAAGAGACAGUUUGAUAAGGCAAGCCAAUUGAUAAUGCUGAUAAAGAAACACAGAGGUAUGAAGAUCUGAUCACAAGUCUAUAGAUGCAAUUGCUAUUAUCAUGGAUAGCUAUCAUCUGGCCUCAGCUAUCGAAAGUGAUGAUGAUGACACUAGCGUCCAAGAGAUGCAGCUUAUGCCGGCCCGUCUUGCAUUAAGAGGAUUGGGAUGGUGUGAAAGGUGAUGAAAGAGGUAGGUGUCAAGACUCGAUAAUGCAGCUGAAAUGUAAGAUGUGAAAUAAUUCAGAGAAUCAGAGACAUUUCAUGUGAUGGUGCUACUGCAUAAUCUCAUGUUCAAUCAACACCAUAUUUGAACAACA